AUGAACAUCAACGGCAAGCAGCCCACCACCUGGGACCAGUACGACGGCGUCCACCGCGGCUCCGUCGACUCGACCGGCAGCCAGACCAGUCGCGUGCACUGGGACACGCUUGAGCGGAGGCGCAGUGGCGACAGCGAUGCGGAGGCCGGAGGAUCUCCGUCGCGCUUUGGCAACUUGAGGAGGCGGAGGCUCUCACUGUCGCAGCAACUCGGCGCGCUGGGCGAUGCAGGUGGCGUCAACAGCAUAAACAACUUUGCCAGCUCGUGGCAGCGGGCCGCUGGCUUCUUCGAAAUCACCCCCGUCAGACCCAGCUUCCGUGUUGCGCCCGAGGACGAGUCCAGCGAUCUGCCGCGCACCGGCUUCUCCAACCAUGUCCCCGACCACCGCUCCGCCCUGCGACACGCGUUUGAGGCCGCAGGAAGGCGCCCGUCGGACAAUGCCGUCGACGACGAAGAACACGGCGCAACAGAAGAGACGAACCUGCUGCCAGGCGCCGUGGAACAGCGCUUCAGGGCGAGGGGCGAGAGCAUCUUCAACAUCGAGCCCUCGCUCUCGUCGCCGUUUGGUGGGAGCUAUGGCACAGGAUAUGGGAGUCUCGCUGCUCGCGUCAACGAGUCGUCGAUGCGCCACGCUGGUCGACUCUUCACCGAGCAGCAGAUGAAGGGCGUCCCAGAGCCAGAGCAAGCACGGGAACCGCUCCUCGUCAAGCAGAUCGAGGAAGACGGCCACAUCAUUAACGUGGUCGUCGGCCAAUCAACGCUUCCCCAGACCAUCUUCAAUUCUGUCAACGUCUUGGUUGGUGUGGGACUGCUCUCCCUACCUCUAGCUCUAAAGUACUCCGGUUGGGUUGUAGGCGUGAUCUUCCUGACUUUCUCGGCAAUUGUAACUUCAUAUACGGCUAAGCUGCUGGCCAAGUGCUUGGACGUAGACAGCUCUCUCAUUACCUUCGCGGAUCUUGCCUUUGUCUCAUUCGGCAGCAAGGCUCGAGUCGCCGUUAGCAUCCUGUUUUCGGUCGAGCUGCUAGCUACAUGUGUUGCGCUGGUCGUCCUUUUUGGUGACAGCAUGGACUCGCUCAUUCCUGGCUGGGGCGUCGUUGCCUGGAAGAUUGUCUGCGGGCUGAUACUAGUACCCUUGAGUUUUCUGCCUCUCCGUCUGUUGUCGUUUACAUCCAUUCUGGGUGUCGCAUCCUGCUUCGCAAUUGUGAUCGCAGUGUGGGUAGACGGCCUCAUCAAGCCCGACUCUCCAGGCUCCAUCCGCCAACCUACAACCCAGUACCUCUUCCCGGCCAACUGGCUCACCAUCCCGCUGUCGUUCGGUCUCCUCAUGUCUCCCUGGGGAGGCCACUCCGUAUUCCCCAACAUCUACCGCGACAUGCGCCACCCCUACAAAUACCGCAAGGCCGUCGACGUCACCUACAUCUUCACCUUCAUCAUCGACACUGGCAUGGCAUGCGCCGGCAUCCUCAUGUUCGGCGACGGCGUACGCGACGAAAUCACAAACAACAUAUUCCUCACCAAAGGCUACCCCCAGGGCAUCUCAGCCUUCAUCGCAAUCUGCAUCGCCAUCAUCCCCCUCACAAAAGUACCCCUCAACUCCCGCCCCAUCGUCUCCACCCUAGAAGUCCUCUUCGGCCUAGACAACCGCUCUCUCUCCGUAUCGCCAGCGCUAGACGGCAUGUCAGGCUUCAACCGCGGCUUGUUCAAGAUUUCCCUGCGCAUCAUAACUAUCAUCGUUUUCAUCAUCAUUGCGAUUAUCUUCCCGUCUUUUGACCGCAUCAUGACGCUGCUGGGCAGUGUGGCCUGCUUCUCUAUCUGCAUCAUUCUGCCCCUGGCUUUCCACCUAAAGCUCUUUGGGAAGGAUAUUGGGAGGGCGGAGAAGACGCUGAAUUGGGUGCUGAUUGUAAUCAGCACUUUCAUGGCCGUCGUGAGUACAGUCUUUGCUUUCCUGCCCAAGGAGUUGAUCGGUGCUGCGUGAGCAUUGGAUGACGUCUGAUCACGUGUGAAAAGUUGA